AUGCCCACAAACCCGUUCAAGGAGAACGACACACAUCAACAUCCCUUCAAGCCACAUCAACAUCCAAAUAACCGACAUCAACCUCCCAACAACCCACAUCAACCUGCCAACAACCCACAUCAACAUUCCAACAACCCACAUCAACAUCCCAACAACCAACAUCAACCUCCCAACAACCCACAUCAACCUCCCAACAACCCACAUCAACAUCCCAACAACCCACAUAGACAUCCCAACAACCCACAUCAACAUCCCAACAACCCACAUCAACCUCCCAACAACCCACAUCAACCUCCCAACAACCCACAUCAACAUUCCAACAACCCACAUGAACAUCCGAACAACCCACAUCAACAUCCCAACAACCCACAUCAACAUCCCAACAACCCACAUCAACAUCCCAACAACCCACAUCAACAUCCCAACAACCCACAUCAACAUCCGAACAACCCACAUCAACAUCCCAACAACCCACAUCAACCUCCCAACAACCCACAUCAACCUCCCAACAACCCACAUCAACAUUCCAACAACCCACAUGAACAUCCGAACAACCCACAUCAACAUCCCAACAACCCACAUAGACAUCCCAAUAACCGACAUCAACCUCCCAACAACCCACAUCAACCUCCCAACAACCCACAUCAACCUCCCAACAACCCACAUCAACCUCCCAACAACCCACAUCAACCUCCCAACAACCGACAUCAACCUCCCAACAACCCACAUCAACACUCCAACAAGCCACAUCAACCUCCCAACAACCCACAUCAACCUCCCAACAACCCACAUCAACAUCGCGACAACCAACAAUAUCUAUAUUACAUAUUUUUCAUUUCUUGUGUCAUGUUCAAUGUUGACAUGCCUUCACAACUAGCUGUCUGA